GUCCAACCACUGUGAUCAGCCAAGAGGAGCAGCCACACAGAAAAAAAGUUUAAAUCAACUCAGCGCAGAGGAGGGAGGGAGAGACGGGGGAAGAAAACGCCCUGGAAACUUGGUUGGUCGAGUAAUAGGAAAAGAGUGACAGAAUCCUAACAGACUGCGAAGUUGUGACUGGAAGAAGUGCUUUUCUUGGGCUGGGGAGAAGGGGACAGGACACGUUUUCAAGGAUGCUCACGCUGAUCUGAGGCUUCUUGGGCGCUCAGACUGCGCACAGAAGCCAAGAAUACAAGAACCACAGCAUCAGACUGAAGGCCUUUGCCUUGCUUGAGCAAUCCAAGGAAAACCAAGAUAAAGUUUCCAAGACAGCAGAGCUUAAAUAGAGUAAAGCAAAAACAAGAUGGCUGAAGAGGAGGAAACCAGAGAGGUGCUCUUUCCAGAUUGGGAGGGUCCAGACAAAACUGGCUUGACCAUUGAACAGAGUGGAGGAGAGAUCUUUGUUAAGGAGGUAAAAGGAGAGUCACCUGCAGCACGCUCUGGAAAAGUAUAUGAAGGUGACCAGAUUGUGGGUGCCACUGUCUACUUUGAUAACAUGAGCUCAGAAGAAACAGCUGAGCUACUGAAGACAUUGAACCGCCACAAGGUUGGACUUAAACUACAAAACAAAGGAGACAAAUCCCCUUGCUGCUCGCCCUUUAGCACGCCAUGUCGUUCACCAAUCGGCACCCUGACAUGGGAAGGGAAGACCCGGUUUGGAGGUUCCAGUCCAGACAUCGUCCUUAGUGGGGAGGAUGAGGACUAUAAGAGAAUAUACAAAAAAAAGAUUAAACCAAGGCUGAAGUCUGAAGACCUUGCAGAGGGAGUAGAUGUUCGCACAGAGCGGCAUAGCAGCACAAGCAGCGAUGGCAGCACAAUUACUACCAUCACCCGCCGCAUCACUACCUACACCGUGGAUAUGCCCGGUGGCAUAAGUGAGCAACUUGAACUUUCAGGCCCAGAGUUCAGGGGCCUAAGGCACGAAUCUGGAGAUGGCUCUCCUCAUAUCAGAAUCUCACACGGCAGCCCUUCAGGUAAAGUGGGAGCAGAAGGGAGUUUUGAGUCAAGCAAUGUCUCUUACACUGGGCCCCAAGUUAGCUCCACAGAGACACGCUGGGGCAGUGGGGGAGUUCAGACCACAACAACUACAAGAGAGAUAGAAGGUCUCAGAUUUAAAGGGCCUAACUUUGGAGUAACAGGAGGUAAAGAACAGGGAGGCUUUGAGAUCUCAAGAGGAAGUGGAGAGCAAGGUGAUGGAAUUAUUCAGGUGUCAGGAACAAGCACGACACUAAGAGACAGCACAAACACUGGUAGUAGGCAUGUUACAAUAGGAGAGUUUGGAGGUGCAGAGAUAACCUCAACUGAUGAGAACAGAGGGUCAAUUAGUCUGUCUUUACCAGGAGAAAGCAUGCAUAUUUUGACUUCAUCCAUGAAAAAAACACAGGAGGGAAGUGUUGAUACUAGUUUAGGUGAAAGGACAAAAGUGAAGGUAUCUGAAACUACCAUCAGUCCCUCGCAGGCAAAGGGAUCAGGCAGUAUUGAUAUUCCGAAUGUCAUACUUGGUGGAUGUUCCAUAGGUGUUGAUACUGAAUCGAGAAGUGGCAGGAUAGGAGGAUCAGCAAAAACAGUAGGCAAUGUUACCUCAGGAUAUACCUCGGGGCCAGGCAAGAUUUCAGUGGCAGGUGUGGAUGUCAACCUUACAGGUUCCACCUUGAAAGGUGAGGUUGAUGGCAACCUGCCAAGCACAAAGGGAGGAAUAAAAGCAUCUGGAAUAGACACUGAAGUUCCAGGCUAUGAAAAUGAGGGCACUGUGAGUGGCAUAAAAACAAUCAAGAUGCCUGUGUUUGGAAUGAAAGGAAACAAGAAAGAUGGAACUAGUGUUGAAGUUAAACUUGGUGAUGCAGGUAUAUCAGUACCUGUGACAGAACUAGACAUCAAAGGGAAAGAUAUGCAGGUCAGAGGUCCUAGUGCUAACAUUGAAGGACCAGCUGUCAAUGUAAAACUUCCAGAGGCUGACUUCAAAGCACCUGAAAUCAAUUCUAGCAUUCAAACUAAAGUACCAAAGAGUGAUAGCAAAUACAAAAUGAAAGUGUCUGAGGUUAAAAUUCCAUCUUUAUCUGGGCCAGAUAUAGAUGUAAACUUGAAGGGUUCCAAGGUAGAGGGAAAUAUUGAUGUAACAGUGUCAAAGACUGAGGGAGAAGUUAAGGCACCUAAAAUAGACAUUAAAGGUCCAGCUAUAAAUAUUGAGGGGAAAGGAGAUUUAAAAAUGCCUCAGAUAAAGACACCAUCAUUUGGGGCCAAGGGACCAAAAGUUUAUGUAAACGCUCCUGAGCUUGACAUUAAAACACCAAAGGUUGAUGGUGGGGACUCUAAUGUAAAAAUUGAAGGAGUGACAAUCAAGAUGCCAUCCAAAACAGGACCCACAAUUCCCGAAUGGGAUAUCACUCUGAAAGGAAGUCAGGUGAAGGGAGAUGUGGAUGUGUCAGUUCCAAAGAUUGAGGGACACACAACAAAACCUGAAGUUGAGAUCAAAGGACCAGAAGUUGAUAUUGAAAGGCCUAAAGGUGGAUAUAAGAUGCCUGGAAUCAAAAUUAAAUCGUUUGGCUUAACAGAUCCUAAGGUGGAAGCUCCAGAUGUUGAUAUAAAACUUACCAAACCUGAAAUUGACAUUAAGGCACCUAAGGUCGACAUUAAAUCAUCCAAAGUUAAUGUUGAAACCCCAGAUGUGGACAUAAAAUCUCCAAAAUUGGAUAUUGACAUUGAGGGACCAAAAGAUGGAUUCAACCGGUCUAAAUUUACAAAGCCAUCAAUUAACCUGAAAGGUCCGAAACUUGAAGGGGAUUUGGCUGUGUCAGUACCAAAGAUUAAAGGAGAUAUGACAGUACCUGAUGUUGACAUCAAAGGUCCAGAGGUCAAUAUUGAGGGGCAAAAAGGUGAAUUUGAAAUGCCUAAAAUCAAAAUCCCAUCAUUUGGUAUCAAAGGUCCAAAGGCUGAAGGCCCAGAUGUUGAUAUUACCCUCUCAAAGGCUAACAUUGAUGUAAUAACCCCUGAUGUUGAAAUUCCAGGGCCAGGAGUUGACAUUGAAGGACGGAAUACAUCACUCAAAGGAGCCAAAUUCAACAUGCCAACCAUAUCAGGACCGAAAAUCUCCAGGCCAAAUGUGGAUGUGUCCGCUCCAAAGAUAAAAACACCUGAAGUUGACAUCAAAGGUCCAAAGGUUGAAGUCGAAAAGCCAACGGGUGGAUUUGACAUGCCUAAAAUCAAAAUGCCAUCAUUUGGCAUCAAAGGUCCAAACAUAGAGGGUCCAGAUGUAGAUAUAAACCUUCCCAAAGCUAACAUUGAUGUGAAAGCCCCUGAAGUGGACAUCAAAGGUCCAGAGUUUGAAAUCAAAGGGCCAAAGGGUGGAUUUGACAUGCCUAAAAUCAAAAUGCCAUCAAUAUCAGGACCCAAACAGCCAGAUUUGGACAUUAGUCUGAGUGGGCCCAAAGUAAAGGGAGAUGUUGAUGUGUCAGUUCCAAAGAUUGAGGGUGACAUUAAAGCUCCCAAGGUCGAAAUCGAAGGACCAGAUGUUGACAUCGAGGGCCAAAAAGGAGGAUUCAAAAUGCCUAAAUUUAAACUGCCAUCCUUUGGACUGAGAGGUCCGAAUGUUGAAGGGCCAGAAGUUGAUGUCAGCCUCCCAAAAGCUGAUAUUGAUAUUAAAGCCCCUGAGUUGGAUAUCAAAGGACCAGAUUUUGAUACUGAGAGUCGAAGUGGUAAAAUCAAAGGACCCAAGUUCAGCCUGCCAAACAUUUCAGGGCCAAACCUUUCCAUGCCAGAUGUGGAUUUACAUAUGAAAGGGCCCAAAAUAAAGGGAAAUGUCGAAGUGUCGGUUCCAAAGAUUGAGGGUGACAUAAAAGCUCCUAAGGUUGAUAUCGAAGGACCAGAUGUUGACAUCGAUGGCCACAAAGGAGGAUUCAAAAUGCCUAAAAUCAAAAUGCCGUCAUUGAACAUUAAAGGUCCAAAAAUGGAAGGUCCAGAUGUUGAUAUAAACCUUCCCAAAGCUAACAUUGAUGUGAAAGCACCUGAAGUGGACAUGGAAGGUCCAGAGAUUGAUAUCAAAGGGCCAAAGGGUGGAUUUGACAUGCCAAAAAUCAAAAUGCCAUCACUAAACAUCAAAGGUCAGAAAAUGGAGGGUCCAGAUAUAAACCUACCCAAAGCUAACAUUGAUGUGAAAGCAACUGAAGUUGACAUCAAAGGUCCAGAGUUGGAUUUCAAAGGGUCUAAAGGUGGAUUUGACAUGCCCAAAAUUAAAAUGCCAUCAGGACCCAAACUGCCAGAUGUGGACUUACAUCAGAAAGGGCCCAAAAUAAAGGGAGAUGUUGAUGUGUCAGUUCCAAAGAUUGAGGGUGACAUAAAAGCUCCCAAGGUUGAUAUCAAAGGACCAGAUGUUGACAUUGAUGGCCACAAAGGAGGAUUCAAAAUGCCUAAAAUCAAAAUGCCAUCAUUGAACAUUAAAGGUCCAAACAUGGAGGGUGCAGAUGUUGAUAUAAAUCUUCCCAAAGCUAACAUUGAUGUGAGAGCCCCUGACGUGAACAUCAAAGGUCCAGAGCUUGAUAUAAAAGGGCCAAAGGGUGGAUUUGACGUGCCGAAAAUCAAAAUGCCAUCAAUAUCAGGACCCAAACAGCCAGAUUUGGACAUUAGUCUGAGUGGGCCCAAAAUAAAGGGAGAUGUUGAUGUGUCAGUUCCAAAGAUUGAGGGUGAGAUAAAAGCUCCCAAAGUCGAAAUCGAAGGACCAGAUAUUGACAUUGAGGGCCACAAAGGAGGAUUCAAAAUGCCUAAAUUUAAAAUGCCAUCCUUCGGACUGAGAGGUCCAAAUGUUGAAGGGCCACAAGUUGAUGUCAGCCUCCCAAAAGCUGAUAUUGAUAUUAAAGCCCCUGAGUUGGAUAUCAAGGGACCAGAGUUUGACACUAAGGGUCCAAGUGGUAAAAUCAAAGGACCCAAAUUCAGCAUGCCAAGCAUUUCAGGACCGAACCUUUCCAUGCCAGAUGUGGAUUUACAUCUUAAAGGGCCCAAAAUAAAGGGAGAUGUUGAUGUGUCAGUUCCAAAGAUUGAGGGCGACAUAAAAGCUCCCAAGGUUCAUAUCGAAGGACCAGAUGUUGACAUUGAUGGCCACAAAGGAGGAUUCAAAAUGCCUAAAAUCAAAAUGCCAUCAUUGAACAUUAAAGGUCCAAAAAUGGAAGGUCCAGAUGUUGAUAUAAACCUUCCCAAACCUAACGUUGAUGUGAAAGCCCCUGAAGUGGACAUCAAAGGUCCAGAGUUUGAUAUCAAAGGGCCAAAGGGUGGAUUUGACAUGCCUAAAAUCAAAAUGCCAUCAUUUGGCAUCAAAGGUCCAAACAUGGAGGGUCCAGAUGUUGAUAUAAACCUGCCCAAAGCUAACAUUGAUGUGAAAGCACCUGAAGUUGACAUCAAAGGUCCAGAGUUGGAUUUCAAAGGACCUAAAAGUGGAUUUGACAUGCCCAAAAUUAAAAUGCCAUCAAUAUCAGGACCCAAACUGCCAGAUGUGGAUUUAAAUCUUAAAGGGCCCAAAAUAAAGGGAGAUGUUGAUGUGUCAGUUCCAAAGAUUGAGGGUGACAUAAAAGCUCCCAAGGUUGAUAUCGAAGGACCAGAUGUUGACAUUGAUGGCCACAAAGGAGGAUUCAAAAUGCCUAAAAUCAAAAUGCCAUCAUUGAACAUUAAAGGUCCAAACAUGGAGGGUGCAGAUGUUGAUAUAAACCUUCCCAAAGCUAACAUUGAUGUGAAAGCCCCUGAAGUGGACAUCAAAGGUCCAGAAUUUGAUAUCAAAGGGCCAAAGGGUGGAUUUGACAUGCCAAAAAUCAAAAUGCCAUCAAUAUCAGGACCCAAACAGCCAGAUUUGGAUAUGAGUCUGAGUGGGCCCAAAAUAAAGGGAGAUGUUGAUGUGUCAGUUCCAAAGAUUGAGGGUGAGAUAAAAGCUCCCAAAGUCAAAAUCGAAGGACCAGAUGUUGACAUUGAGGGCCACAAAGGAGGAUUCAAAAUGCCUAAAUUUAAAAUGCCAUCCUUCGGACUGAGAGGUCCAAAUGUUGAAGGGCCAGAAGUUGAUGUCAGCCUCCCAAAAGCUGAUAUAGAUAUUAAAGCCCCUGAGUUGGAUAUCAAAGGACCAGAGUUUGACACUAAGGGUCCAAGUGGUAAAAUCAAAGGACCAAAAUUCAGCCUGCCAAGCAUUUCAGGACCGAACCUUUCCAUGCCAGAUGUGGAUUUACAUCUUAAAGGGCCCAAAAUAAAGGGAGAUGUUGAUGUGUCAGUUCCAAAGAUUGAGGGUGACAUAAAAGCUCCCAAGGUUGAUAUCGAAGGACCAGAUGUUGACAUUAAUGGCCACAAAGGAGGAUUCAAAAUGCCCAAAAUAAAAAUGCCAUCAUUGAACAUUAAAGGUCCAAACAUGGAGGGUGCAGAUGUUGAUAUAAAUCUUCCCAAAGCUAACAUUGAUGUGAAAGCCCCUGAAGUGGAUAUCAAAGGUCCAGAGUUGGAUAUCAAAGGGCCUAAAGGUGGAUUUGACAUGCCUAAAAUCAAAAUGCCAUCAAUAUCAGGACCCAAACUGCCAGAUUUGGAUAUAAGUCUGAGUGGGCCCAAAAUAAAGGGAGAUGUUGAUGUGUCAGUUCCAAAGAUUGAGGGUGACAUAAAAGCUCCCAAGGUCGAAAUCGAAGGACCAGAUAUUGACAUCGAGGGCCACAAAGGAGGAUUCAAAAUGCCUAAAUUUAAAAUGCCAUCCUUUGGGCUGAAAGGUCCAAAUGUUGAAGGGCCAGAAGUUGAUGUCAGCAUCCCAAAAGCUGAUAUUGAUAUUAAAGCCCCUGAGUUGGAUAUCGAAGGACCAGAGUUUGACACUAAGAGUCCAAGUGGUAAAAUCAAAGGACCCAAAUUCAGCCUGCCAAGCAUUUCAGGACCAAACCUUUCCAUGCCAGGUGUGGAUUUAAAUAUUAAAGGGCCCAAAAUGAAGGGAGAUGUUGAUGUUUCAGUUCCAAAGAUUGAGGGUGACAUAAAAGCUCCCAAAGUCGAAAUCGAAGGACCCGAUAUUGACAUCGAGGGGCCAAAGGGUGGAUUUGACAUGCCUAAAAUCAAAAUGCCAUCAUUUGGCAUCAAAGGUCCAAACAUGGAGGGUCCAGAUGUUAAUAUAAACCUUCCCAAAGCUAACAUUGAUGUGAAAGCCCCGGACGUUGACAUUAAAGGACCAGAUUUGAACAUUGAGAGUCCAAGUGGUAAAAUCAAAGGAGCCAAAUUCAGCAUGCCAAGCAUUUCAGGACCCAAACUUAGUAUGCCAGAUGUGGAUUUCAGCCUGAAAGGACCCAAAAUAAAGGGAGAUGUUGAUGUGUCAGUUCCAAAGAUUGAGGGUGACAUAAAAGCUCCCAAGGUUGAUAUCAAAGGACCAGGUGUUGACAUCGAGGGCCACAAAGGAGGAGUCAAAAUGCCUAAAAUGACAAUGCCAUCAUUGAACAUUAAAGGUCCAAACAUGGAGGGUGCAGAUGUUGAUAUAAAUCUUCCCAAAGCUAACAUUGAUGUGAAAGCCCCUAAAGUGGACAUCAAAGGUCCAAAGUUGGAUAUCAAAGGGCCUAAAGGUGGAUUUGAUAUGCCUAAAAUCAAAAUGCCAUCAAUAUCAGGACCCAAACUGCCAGAUUUGGAUAUGAGUCUGAGUGGGCCCAAAAUAAAAGGAGAUGUUGAUGUGUCAGUUCCAAAGAUUGAGGGUGAGAUAAAAGCUCCCAAGGUCGAAAUCGAAGGACCAGAUAUUGACAUUGAGGGCCACAAAGGAGGAUUCAAAAUGCCUAAAUUUAAAAUGCCAUCCUUUGGGCUGAAAGGUCCAAAUGUUGAAGGGCCAGAAGUUGAUGUUAGCCUUCAGAAAGCUGAUAUUGAUAUUAAAGCCCCUGAUUUCGAUAUCAAAGGACCAGAUAUUGACAUUGAGAGUCCAAGUGGUAAAAUCAAAGGACCCAAAUUCAGCAUGCCAAGCAUUUCAGGACCCAAACUUUCCAUGCCAGAUGUGGACUUCCAUCUGAAAGGGCCCAAAAUAAAGGGAGAUGUUGAUGUUUCAGUUCCGAAGACUGAGGGCGACAUAAAAGCACCGAAGCUUGAUAUUGAAGGACCAGAUGUUGACAUCGAGGGCCACAAAGGAGGAUUCAAAAUGCCUAAAAUGACAAUGCCAUCAUGGAACAUUAAAGGUCCAAAAAUGGAGGGUCCAGAUGUUGAUAUAAAUCUUCCCAAAGCUAACAUUGAUGGGAAAGCACCUGAAGUUGACAUGAAAGGUCCAGAGUUUGAUAUCAAAGGGCCAAAGGGUGGAUUUGACAUGCCUAAAAUCAAAAUGCCAUCAUUUGGCAUCAAAGGUCCAAACAUGGAGGGUCCAGAUGUUAAUAUAAACCUUCCCAAAGCUAACAUCGAUGUAAAAGCCCCUGACGUUGACAUUAAAGGACCAGAUUUGAACAUUGAGAGUCCAAGUGGUAAAAUCAAAGGAGCCAAAUUCAGCAUGCCAAGCAUUUCAGGACCCAAACUUAGUAUGCCAGAUGUGGAUUUCGGCCUGAAAGGGCCCAAAAUAAAGGGAGAUGUUGAUUUGUCAGUUCCAAAGAUUGAGGGUGACCUAAAAGCUCCCAAGGUUGAUAUCGAAGGACCAGAUUUUGAUAUCAAAGGGCCAAAGGGUGGAUUUGACAUGCCUAAAAUCAAAAUGCCAUCAUUUGGCAUGAAAGGUCCAAACAUGGAGGGUCCAGAUGUUAAUAUAAACCUUCCCAAAGCUAACAUUGAUGUGAAAGCACCUGAAGUUGACAUCAAAGGACCAGAUUUUAACAUUGAGAGUCCAAGUGGUAAAAUCAAAGGAGCCAAAUUCAGCAUGCCAAGCAUUUCAGGACCAAAAGUUAGUAUGCCAGAUGUUGAUUUCAGCCUGAAAGGGCCCAAAAUAAAGGGAGAUGUUGAUGUGUCAGUUCCAAAGAUUGAGGGUGACAUAAAAGCUCCCAAGGUCGAUAUCGAAGGACCAGGUGUUGACAUCGAGGGCCACAAAGGAGGAUUCAAAAUGCCUAAAAUGACAAUGCCAUCAUGGAACAUGAAAGGUCCUAAAAUGGAGGGUCCAGAUGUUGAUAUACACCUUCCCAAAGCUAACAUUGAUGUGAAAGCACCUGAAGUUGACAUCAAAGGUCCGGAGUUUGAUAUCAAAGGGCCAAAAGGUGGAUUUGACAUGCCUAAAAUCAAAAUGCCAUCAUUUGGCAUGAAAGGUCCAAACAUGGAGGGUCCAGAUGUUAAUGUAAACCUUCCCAAAGCUAACACUGAUGUGAAAGCCCCUGACGUUGACAUUAAAGGACCAGAUUUGAACAUUGAGAGUCCAAGUGGUAAAAUCAAAGGAGCCAAAUUCAGCAUGCCAAGCAUUUCAGGACCCAAACUUAGUAUGCCAGAUGUGGAUUUCAGCCUGAAAGGGCCCAAAAUAAAGGGAGAUGUUGAUGUGUCAGUUCCAAAGAUUGAGGGUGACAUAAAAGCUCCCAAGGUUGAUAUCGAAGGACCAGAUGUUGACAUCGAGGGCCACAAAGGAGGAUUCAAAAUGCCUAAAAUGACAAUGCCAUCAUGGAACAUGAAAGGUCCUAAAAUGGAGGGUCCAGAUGUUGAUAUAAACCUUCCCAAAGCUAACGUUGAUGUGAAAGUACCUGAAGUUGACAUCAAAGGUCCAGAGUUUGAUAUCAAAGGGCCAAAGGGUGGAUUUGACAUGCCUAAAAUCAAAAUGCCAUCAUUUGGCAUGAAAGGUCCAAACGUGGAGGGUCCAGAUGUUAAUAUAAACCUUCCCAAAGCUAACAUUGAUGUGAAAGCACCUGAAGUUGACAUCAAAGGACCAGAUUUUAACAUUGAGAGUCCAAGUGGUAAAAUCAAAGGAGCCAAAUUCAGCAUGCCAAGCAUUUCAGGACCAAAAGUUAGUAUGCCAGAUGUUGAUUUCAGCCUGAAAGGGCCCAAAAUAAAGGGAGAUGUUGAUGUGUCAGUUCCAAAGAUUGAGGGUGACAUAAAAGCUCCCAAGGUUGAUAUCGAAGGACCAGAUGUUGACAUCGAGGGCCACAAAGGAGGAUUCAAAAUGCCUAAAAUGACAAUGCCAUCAUGGAACAUUAAAGGUCCUAAAAUGGAGGGUCCAGAUGUUGAUAUAAACCUUCCCAAAGCUAACAUUGAUGUGAAAGCACCUGAGGUUGACAUCAAAGGUCCAGAGUUUGAUAUCAAAGGGCCAAAGGGUGGCCUGAAAGGGCCCCAAAUAAAGGGAGAUUUUGAUGUGUCAGUUCCAAAGAUUAAGGGUGAAAUAAAAACACCUGAAGUUGACAUCAAAGGGCCAGAGAUUGACAUCAAAGGGCCUAAAGGCGGGUUUGAUAUGCCUAAAAUCAAAAUGCCAUCAAUAUCAGGACCAAAGCUGCCAGAUUGCGACAUUAGUCUGAAAGGACCCAAAAUAAAGGGUGAUGUCUCAGCUCCAAAUAUUGAGGGAGAUUUAAAAACCCCUGAAGUUGAGAUCAAAGGUCCUAACAUUGACUUUGAAACUCCAGAGGGCCAGCUUAGUGGGCAAAAGAUGAAGUUACCAAAGAUAUCUGGACCGAAAAUAUCAUUUCCAGAUGUUGACAUCAAUCUGAAGGGGCCAAAGUUGAAGGGUGACUUGAAAGGGGAUGUUGAAAUGCCAGAAGUUGAUAUUAAUCUUCCUAAAGCUGACACUGAAAUAAAAACCCCAGAUGUUGACAUUGAAGGACCACAUGUUAAAAUUGAGAAUCCAGAUGGCAAAAUAAAAGGAGCAAAACUCAAAAUGCCAACUAUCUCAGGACCAAACAUUUCCAUGCCAAAUGUGGAUUUCAAUCUGAAAGGUCCGAAACUCAAAGGUGACACGGAUGUGUCAUCUCCAAAGAUUGAAGGAGACAUAUCAAUACCUGAAGUCGACAUCAAAGGUCCAGAGUUUGAUAUCAAAGGGCCUAAGGGUGGAUUUGACAUGCCUAAAAUCAAAAUGCCAUCCUUUGGCAUUAAAGGUCCAAAGGUGGAGGGUCCAGAUGUUGAUAUAAACCUUCCCAAAGCCAACAUUGAUGUACAUACACCUGACAUUGAUCUCAAAGGGCCAGAUGUUGAUAUUGAAGGCCCUGAUGCAAAAUUCAAAGGACCCAAAAUCAAAUUGCCAUCUCUGUCAGGACCCAAACUGCCAGAUUUGAAUAUGAGUAUGAGUGGGCCCAAAAUAAAGGGAGAUGUUGAUGUGUCAGUUCCAAAGAUUGAGGGUGAGAUAAAAGCUCCCAAGGUUGAUAUCGAAGGACCAGAUGUUGACAUUGAGGGCCACAAAGGAGGAUUUAAAAUGCCUAAAUUUAAAAUGCCAUCCAUUGGGUUGAAAGGACCAAAUGUUGAAGGGCCAGAAAUUGAUGUCAGCCUCCCGAAAGCUGAUAUUGAUAUUAAAGCCCCUGAGUUGGAUAUCAAAGGACCAGAUAUUGACAUUGAGAGUGCAAGUGGUAAAAUCAAAGGACCCAAAUUCAGCAUGCCAAGCAUUUCAGGAUCCAAACUUUCCAUGCCAGAUGUGGACUUCCAUCUGAAAGGGCCCAAAAUAAAGGGAGAUGUUGAUGUUUCAGUUCCGAAGAUUGAAGGUGACAUAAAAGCACCCAAGCUUGAUAUUGAAGGACCAAAUGUUGAUAUUGAGGGCCACAAAGGAGGAUUCAAAAUGCCUAAAAUGACAAUGCCAUCAUGGAACAUUAAAGGUCCAAAAAUGGAGGGUCCAGAUAUUGAUUUAAAUCUUCCUAAAGCUAACAUUGAUGUGAAAGCACCGGAAGUUGACAUCAAAGGGCCAGAGUUUGAUAUCAAAGGACAAAAGGGUGGAUUUGACAUGCCAAAAAUCAAAAUGCCAUCAUUUGGCAUGAAAGGUCCAAACGUGGAGGGUCCAGAUGUUAAUAUAAACCUUCCCAAAGCUAACAUUGAUGUGAAAGCACCUGACGUUGACAUCAAAGGUCCAGAGUUUGAUAUCAAGGGGCCAAAGGGUGGAUUUGAAAUGCCUAAAAUCAAAAUGCCAUCUAUAUCAGGACCCAAACUGCCAGAUUUGGAUAUGAGUCUGAGUGGGCCCAAAAUAAAGGGAGAUAUUGAUGUGUCAGUUCCAAAGAUUGAGGGUGACAUUAAAGCUCCCAAGUUGGAUAUCAAAGGACCAGAUUUUGAUAUUGAGAGUCCAAGUGGUAAAAUCAAAGGAGCCAAAUUCAGCAUGCCAAGCAUUUCAGGCCCGAAACUGCACAUGCCAGAUGUGGAUUUCGGUCUUAAAGGUCACAAAAUUAAGGGAGAUGUCGAGGUGUCAGUUCCAAAGAUUGAGGGCGACAUAAAAGCUCCCAAAGUUGAUAUUGAAGGACCAGAUGUUGACAUCGAGGGCCACAAAGGAGGAUUCAAAAUGCCUAAAAUGACAAUGCCAUCAUGGAACAUUAAAGGUCCAAAAAUGGAGGGUCCCGAUGUUGAUAUAAACCUUCCCAAAGCUAACAUUGAUGUGAAAGCACCUGACAUUGACAUCAAAGGUCCAGAGUUUGAUAUCAAGGGGCCAAAGGGUGGAUUUGACAUGCCAAAAAUCAAAAUGCCAUCAGUAUCAGGACCCAAACUGCCAGAUUUGGAUAUGAGUCUGAGUGGGCCAAAAAUGAAGGGAGAUGUUGAUGUAUCAGUUCCAAAGUUUGAGGGUGAGAUAAAAGCUCCCAAGGUCGAUAUUGAAGGACCAGAUGUUGACAUCGAGGGCCACAAAGGAGGAUUUAAAAUGCCUAAAUUUAAAAUGCCAUCCUUUGGGCUGAGAGGUCCGAAUGUUGACGGGCCAGAAAUUGAUGUAACCCUCCCGAAAGCUGAUAUUGAUAUUAAAGCCCCUGAGUUGGAUAUCAAAGGACCAGAUUUUGACAUUGGGAGUCCAAGUGGUAAAAUCAAAGGUCCCAAAUUCAGCAUGCCAAGUAUUUCAGGCCCGAAACUUCAUAUGCCAGAUGUGGAUUUCGGUCUUAAAGGUCACAAAAUGAAGGGAGAUGUCGAGGUGUCAGUUCCAAAGAUUGAGGGUGAGAUAAAAGCUCCCAAGGUUGAUAUUGAAGGACCAGAUGUUGACAUUGAGGGCCACAAAGGAGGAUUCAAAAUGCCUAAAAUCAAAAUGCCAUCUAUUUCAGGACCCAAACUGCCAGAUUUGGAUAUGAGUCUGAGUGGGCCCAAAAUAAAGGGAGAUGUUGAUGUGUCAGUUCCAAAGAUUGAGGGUGACAUAAAAGCUCCCAAGGUCGAUAUCGAAGGACCAGAUAUUGACAUCGAUGGCCAUAAAGGAGGAUUUAAAAUGCCUAAAUUUAAAAUGCCAUCCCUUGGACUAAAAGGUCCAACUGUUGAAGGGACAGAAAUUGAUGUCAGCCUCCCAAAAGCUGAUAUUGAUAUUAAACCCCCUGAGUUGGAUAUCAAAGGACCAGAUUUUGACAUUGAGAGUCCAAGUGGUAAAAUCAAAGGACCCAAAUUCAGCAUGCCAAGCAUUUCAGGCCCAAAACUUCACAUGCCAGAUGUGGAUUUCGGUCUUAAAGGUCACAAAAUUAAGGGAGAUGUCGAGGUGUCAGUUCCAAAGAUUGAGGGCGACAUAAAAGCUCCCAAAGUUGAUAUUGAAGGACCAGAUGUUGACAUCGAGGGCCACAAAGGAGGAUUCAAAAUGCCUAAAAUGACAAUGCCAUCAUGGAACAUUAAAGGUCCAAAAAUGGAGGGUUCUGAUGUAGACAUAAACAUUCCCAAAGCUAACAUUGAUGUGAAAGCACCUGACGUUGACAUCAAAGGUCCAGAGUUUGAUAUCAAGGGGCCAAAGGGUGGAUUUGACAUGCCAAAAAUCAAAAUGCCAUCAGUAUCAGGACCCAAACUGCCAGAUUGGGAUAUGAGUCUAAGUGGGCCAAAAAUGAAGGGAGAUGUUGAUGUAUCAGUUCCAAAGGUUGAGGGUGAGAUAAAAGCUCCCAAGGUCGAUAUUGAAGGACCAGAAAUUGACAUCGAGGGCCACAAAGGAGGAUUUAAAAUGCCUAAAUUUAAAAUGCCAUCCUUUGGGCUGAGAGGUCCGAAUGUUGACGGGCCAGAAGUUGAUGUCACCCUCCCGAAAGCUGAUAUUGAUAUUAAAGCCCCUGAGUUGGAUAUCAAAGGACCAGAUUUUGACAUUGGGAGUCCAAGUGGUAAAAUCAAAGGACCCAAAUUCAGCAUGCCAAGCAUUUCAGGACCAAAACUUAGUAUGCCAGAUGUGGAUUUUGGCCUGAAAGGACCCAAAAUGAAGGGAGAUGUUGAUGUGUCAGUUCCAAAGAUUGAGGGUGACAUAAAAGCUCCCAAGGUUGAUAUCGAAGGACCAGAUGUUGACAUUGAGGGCCACAAAGGAGGAUUCAAAAUGCCUAAAAUGACAAUGCCAUCAUGGAACAUUAAAGGUCCAAAAAUGGAGGGUCCAGAUGUUGAUAUAAACCUUCCCAAAGCUAACAUUGAUGGGAAAGCACCUGACAUUGACAUCAAAGGUCCAGACUUUGAUAUCAAAGGGCCAAAGGGUGGAUUUGACAUGCCUAAAAUCAAAAUGCCAUCAUUUGGCAUCAAAGGUCCAAACAUGGAGGGUCCAGAUGUUGAUAUGAACCUUCCCAAAGCUAACAUUGAUGUGAAAGCACCUGAAGUUGACAUCAAAGGUCCGGAGUUCGAUAUCAAAGGGCCAAAAGGUGGAUUUGACAUGCCUAAAAUCAAAAUGCCAUCAAUAUCAGGACCCAAACUGCCAGACUGGGAUAUGAGUCUGAGUGGGCCCAAAAUAAAGGGAGAUGUUGAUGUGUCAGUUCCAAAGAUUGAGGGUCAGAUAAAAGCUCCCAAGGUUGAUAUCGAAGGACCAGAUAUUGACAUUGAGGGUCACAAAGGAGGCUUUAAAAUGCCUAAAAUGUCAAUGCCAUCAUGGAACAUUAAAGGUCCAAAAAUGGAGGGUCCAGAUGUUGAUAUAAACCUUCCCAAAGCCAACAUUGAUGUGAAAGCACCUGAAGUGGACAUCAAAGGUCCGGAGUUUGAUAUCAAAGGGCCAAAAGGUGGAUUUGACAUGCCUAAAAUCAAAAUGCCAUCAAUAUCAGGACCCAAACUGCCAGACUGGGAUGUGAGUAUGAGUGGGCCCAAAAUAAAGGGAGAUGUUGAUGUGUCAGUUCCAAAGAUUGAGGGUGACAUAAAAGCUCCCAAAGUUGAUAUUGAAGGACCAGAUGUUGCCAUUGGGGGCCACAAAGGAGGAUUUAAAAUGCCUAAAAUGUCAAUGCCAUCAUGGAACAUUAAAGGUCCAAAAAUGGAGGGUCCAGAUGUUGAUAUAAACCUUCCCAAAGCCAACAUUGAUGUGAAAGCACCUGAAGUGGACAUCAAAGGUCCGGAGUUUGAUAUCAAAGGGCCAAAAGGUGGAUUUGACAUGCCUAAAAUCAAAAUGCCAUCAAUAUCAGGACCCAAACUGCCAGACUGGGAUGUGAGUAUGAGUGGGCCCAAAAUAAAGGGAGAUGUUGAUGUGUCAGUUCCAAAGAUUGAGGGUGACAUAAAAGCUCCCAAAGUUGAUAUUGAAGGACCAGAUGUUGCCAUUGGGGGCCACAAAGGAGGAUUUAAAAUGCCUAAAAUGUCAAUGCCAUCAUGGAACAUUAAAGGUCCAAAAAUGGAGGGUCCAGAUGUUGAUAUACACCUUCCCAAAGCUAACAUUGAUGUGAAAGCACCUGAAGUUGACAUCAAAGGUCCAGAGUUUGAUAUCAAAGGGCCAAAGGGUGGAUUUGACAUGCCAAAAAUCAAAAUGCCAUCAAUAUCAGGACCCAAAUUGCCAGAUUGGGAUAUGAAUCUCAGUGGGCCCAAAAUAAAGGGAGAUGUUGAUGUGUCAGUUCCAAAGAUUAAGGGUGAGAUAAAAGCUCCUGAAGUCGAUAUCGAAGGACCAGAUGUUCACAUUGAGGGCCAUAAAGGAGGAUUUAAAAUGCCUAAAUUUAAAAUGCCAUCCAUUGGACUGAAAGGACCAAAUGUUGAAGGGCCAGAAAUUGAUAUCAGCCUGCCAAAAGCUGAUAUUGAUAUCCAUGCCCCUGAGUUGGAUAUCAAAGGACCAGAUAUUGACAUUGAGAGUCCAAGUGGUAAAAUCAAAGGACCCAAAUUCAGCAUGCCAAGCAUUUCAGGACCCAAACUUUCCAUGCCAGAUGUGGAUUUCCAUCUGAAAGGUCCAAAAACAAAGGGAGAUGUGAAUAUGUCAGUUCCAAAGAUUGAGGGUGACAUAAAAGCUCCCAAGGUUGAUAUCGAAGGACCAGAUGUUGACAUCGAGGGCCACAAAGGAGGAUUCAAAAUGCCUAAAAUGACAAUGCCAUCAUGGAACAUUAAAGGUCCAAAAAUGGAAGGUCCAGAUGUUGAUAUAAACCUUCCCAAAUCUAACAUUGAUGUCAAAGCACCUGAAGUGGACAUCAAAGGUCCGGAGUUUGAUAUCAAAGGGCCAAAAGGUGGAUUUGACAUGCCUAAAAUCAAAAUGCCAUCAAUAUCAGGACCCAAACUGCCAGACUGGGACAUGAGUCUGAGUGGGCCCAAAAUAAAGGGAGAUGUUGAUGUAUCAGUUCCAAAGGUUGAGGGUGAGAUAAAAGCUCCCAAGUUGGAUAUCAAAGGACCAGAUUUUGAUAUUGAGAGUUCAAGUGGUAAAAUCAAAGGACCCAAAUUCAGCAUGCCAAGCAUUUCGGGACCCAAACUUUCUAUGCCAGAUGUGGAUUUACAUCUGAAAGGGCCCAAAAUAAAGGGAGAUGGCGAUGUGUCCAUUCCAAAGAUUGAGGGUGACAUAAAAGCUCCCAAGGUUGAUAUCGAAGGAGCCGAUGUUGACAUCGAGGGCCACAAAGGAGGAUUCAAAAUGCCUAAAAUGACAAUGCCAUCAUGGAACAUUAAAGGUCCAAAAAUGGAGGGUCCAGAUGUUGAUAUAAACCUUCCCAAAGCUAACAUUGAUGGGAAAGCACCUGACAUUGACAUCAAAGGUCCAGACUUUGAUAUCAAAGGGCCAAAGGGUGGAUUUGACAUGCCUAAAAUCAAAAUGCCAUCAUUUGGAAUUAAAGGUCCAAAAGUGGAAGGUCCCGAUGUAGAUAUAAACUUUCCCAAAGCAAACAUUGAUGUAAAUGCACCUGACAUUGCUCUUAAAGGGCCAGACAUUGAUAUUGAAGGCUCUAAUGCAAAACUUAGAGGACCCAACAUCAAAGGUCCUACAAUAAAGGGAGAUGUGGAUGUGUCAGUUCCAAAGAUUAAGGGUGACAUAAAAGCUCCCAAGGUCAAUAUUGAAGGACCAGAUAUUGACAUUGAGGGUCACAAAGGAGGAUUUAAAAUGCCUAAAUUUAAAUUUCCGUCCUUUGGGGGGAAAGGUCCACAUGUUCAAGGGCCAGAAGUUGAUGCCAGCUUCCCAAAAGCUGAUAUUGAUAUUAAAGCCCCUGAGUUGGAUAUCGAAGGACCAGAGUUUGACACUAAGAGUCCAAGUGGUAAAAUCAAAGGACCCAAAUUCAGCAUGCCAAGCAUUUCAGGACCGAAACUUUCCAUGCCAGAUGUGGAUUUACAUCUAAAAGGGCCCAAAAUAAAGGGAGAUGGCGAAGAUUUCGAUGUGUCCGUUCCAAAGAUUGAGGCUGAUAUAAAAGCUCCCAAGGUUGAUAUCGAAGGACCACAUGUUGACAUCGAGGGCCACAAAGGAGGAUUCAAAAUGCCUAAAAUGACAAUGCCAUCAUGGAACAUUAAAGGUCCAAAAAUGGAGGGUCCAGAUGUUGAUAUAAACCUUCCCAAAGCUAACAUUGACAUAAAUGCACCUGACAUUGAUCUGAAAGGGCUAGACGUUGAUAUUGGAGGUUCAGAAGCAAAAAUCAAAGGAUCAAAAUUUAAGCUGCCAUCAAUGUCAGGGCCCAAGCUGCCAGAUUGGGAUAUGAGUCUGAAAGGGCCCAAUAUAAAGGGAGAUGUUGAUGUUUCAGUUCCAAAGAUUGAAGGAGACAUAAAAGCUCCCAAGGUGGAUAUUGAAGGACCAGAUGUUGACUUUGAUGACCAGAAAGGAGGAUUUAAAAUGCCUAAAUUGAAAAUGCCAUCCUUUGGGAUGACAGGUCCAAAUAUUGAAGGGCCAGAAGUUGAUUUAAGCCUUCCCAAAACAAAUAUUGAUGUGAAAGUACCUGAAGUUGACAUUAAAGGACCAGAGAUUGACAUUGAAGGAGCUAAUGCAAAACUGAAAGGGCCCAAAUUCAACGUGCCAGAUAUGGAUUUCAAUCUGAGAGGUCCUACACUCAAAGGUGAUGUGGAUGUAUCAGUGCCAAAGAUAGGGGGAGACAUACAAACACCCGAUGUUGACAUUAAAGGUCCAGAGGUCAAUUUUAAAGGGCCUAAGGGUGGAUUUGAAAUGCCUAAAAUUACAAUGCCAUCAAUUAACAUUAAAGGUCCAAAAGUGGAGGGUUCAGAUGUUGAUAUAAAACUUCCCAAAGGAAACAUUGAUGUUAAAGCACCUGAUGUUGAUAUCAAGCUAAAAGGGCCUAAAGUCAAAGGAAAGAUGGAUGCAACAGUGCCCAAUUUGGAAGCAGAUAUUAAAGGUCACAAUGCUAACAUUGCAGGACCCACCAUCACUAUGGAAGGUGUGUCUAUUGAUCCUGUAAAGACAGGUGUUACAUUUCCCAAGUUCAAAGGUCCUAAGUUUGGAAUGAAAUCCCCAGAAGUAGAGGGGAAGACACCCAUGUUCAGUGUGGGAGCAAAAGGUUCCAAAACAGAAAUUAGUCUUCCAGAUACAGAAGCAAGUCUUGAUGCCCCUGACAUUGAUAUCAAUGUAAAAGGGAAAACAGGGAAAUUCAAACUUCCUAAAGUCAAAGGAAAGGCAAAGAAGCCUGAUGUUCACAUAGAAACACCAGCAGUAGACCUGGAUGUAGACACUCCCAAUAUUCAUGUCAAAGGAACAAAGGUAAAGAAGCCGCUUUUUGGUAAGCUUCAUUUUCCUGAUGUGGAAUUUGAUAUCAAAUCACCAAAAUUGAAAGGUGAUGGAUCUAUAUCAGAGGGAUUCAAAUCACCUGACAUAGAUUUUCCAUCUGCUAGCUUGAACACCGCUAUUGAAGGAUCUGGUAUUGACAGUCCAAAUGUUCAUUUGGGAGGGAAAGAUCUGAAAUUAAAGACUCCCAAUAUUAAAAUGCCAAAUGUGAGUGUGUCCACUCCUGAUAUUGAUACAAAUCUAAACAGACAAGGAGAGGCAAACAUGUCUGCAGGUUUUAAAGGCCCAAAAAUAAAUGUGAAAGGUGGUGCAGAGAUUGAUGCAAGUGCUUCAGGGGGCAGUGCAAGUGGUGACCUUCAUUACCCAGAAGGCACUGUAACAUUUCCCAAAAUCAAGGUACCAAAAUUUGGUAUUGCACUGCCUCAGUUGGAAGGCCAGGGAGGUGGAGGGAAUGUUGAAUCAGCUAGUGGAGACAUAAGCAUACAGUCUCCAUCUGUUAGUUGCCAAGUCAGUGCACAAAAUAUUGAGGUUCCCAGUCCAGAACUGAGGCAUAGAGAAGGUAAAGUAAAGGGAAAGAUGCCAAAACUGUUUGGCAACUCAAAAGCAAAAGGCAGUAGUGCAGGUGAUCUUCGGGGACCAAAGGUAGAAUUGAGUAAGGUACAUACUGCAGAACUGAUGGGUGGAAAAUUAGAAUUAGAGGGUGAUCCUGGGCUCAGUGUGUCAACUAAAGGCAAGUCAGCCUCACUGGAUCUAUUUCAGAAAACAAGGCAUCUGUCUUCUUCUCUGUGUGAUGAGGGGGGGCUUGCAGUUAGUUCUCCAUCUCACUUAGAAGCUGAGGGUGGCGACAUUUCAUUAGACCUAGGAGGAAGCAAGGUCAAAGGAAAGAAAGGCAAGUUGAAGUUUGGCACCUUCGGAGGUUUUGGUUCAAAGUCAAAGGGCUCAUAUGAGGUGUCACUUGGUGAGGAGGGUGAAGCAGGUGGAGGUGUUUCUCUUCCCUCUAAAAAAUCGAGAUUGUCUUCAUCUUCCAGCAGUGACAGUGGUUCAAGAGGUGGUUUCAGGUUCCCAAGACUUGAACUAUCUGUUUCACCAAAAAAAUGAUUAAUUAUGAGGUAAAUUAAACUUUCUCAUGUACCCCCAAAUACACACUCCUAAUAUGCCAGCUAUAGAUCUUUAAAACCUAAGGGGACGUAGUCAUCUCAAUAUCGUUAACUAUGAGUAAUUAUUUUUUCAGUAAUUAUACAGGAGUGCAUGAGAUUGUUUAAAAUCCCUUCAAACUGUAAAUAAGAUUAAUUUGUAUUGUAAUAAUAAAUGUUUUUUGUACAUAGUCCAGAUUUAUUGAGCAUAUGCCAUCUUACCAAAUUUUCAUAGUUUAUUACAGGGUUUGUCAUUUUGUCCUAUUUCAUUCUAUUAAAUGAAUUUUAUAAAUGAACGGGUGUGGUAUAUUUGUAUUCAGGGGUCUAUUGCACAGGACACGUUAAAAUAGUUAUUUUGAAGGAAGAUGUUGUUUAUACAUCCAGACACAAAUAUAAACAGUUAUCAGUUUUUUUAUGAAUGAAAUGAUUUUAUUUUCAAGCUUUAUAGUUAUAUAAUCAGUGCAGGAGCAUAUUUAGGCAACAUAGAGAUGGCCCCUUGUAACACAUUCUAAAGAUUAAUGGUGUUGUAUAUUGCAAAGACAACCACUGUUUGGAAACCACCAACUCUCUAAAGUGCUGUCAGUAUGUUUCUGUUCAUAUUUUAAGAAACCUUAUUCUGUGACAUUUACCAAAAUAUGCAUUGUUUUAUUAGUUUUUAACAUGUUUUGCUUCCUAAUCCUGUCAUUUACAUUUUUACCUGUUUUAUGAUCCUCUGUAUUUUAUUUUUCUGUCAUUCUCUCUUUGUACACACACAUUAUGAUAAUGUUAACAAAAUCACAAAUAAACUGUCACGUUUUGAUUGCAAGAAUCUGAGUUGAUAGAGAGUUGCAUAGUUUUGAUCAGAUAUGAUGGAGAUAAAUCAUGAUUCUUUGGGUCUAUUCUUUUGUGUGUAUUUUGCCAAAUAAACUAAACAAAAUGA